GGGGGCCUUCGGUGCAGGUGUGGCAUCUGAAAUGAAUUUGAAUUCAUUCAUUUGGAAUCAUUAGAUUUCACGUUGUCUGUACUGCUUUAAUAUUAAUCCCAGAUCACUGGUCUUGUUGUGCUUACUGACAACACCAUCUCAUAGUAUUGCUGAAGGCAGGUGUGUCUGCAUUGCAUGAAGCUCUAGUCAGUGACCAAUCUUAGACAUGGUGCUAAGAGAUUGGAAUGAUUGGAAACGAAGCAAACUCUUUUAAACUCCAGAUUCUCAGAGAAGUCCCCUGGCUGUAUCGAAAUGAUUGGACCAAGAAGGCAGUGGGAUCUUUUGGUGUUUGGAUGAUCAUCCCAUCCUUUUGCCUUGUUUUUCAGAAACGCUCUGUUACACAGAUGACACAGCCAUGGCGAGGUGUGUGGCGCGGUCCCUCUUAGCCAAGGGAGAGUUUGAUGAAGUUGAUAUGGCCAGGAGAUUUGCAGAGGAACAUAAGAAGGACCCAGAUCGGGGCUACGGGAUGGCAGUUGUCAAAGUGUUCAAGAAACUUCUGAGCCCCAAAUGCAGUGAUGUCUUUGAGCCUGCCCGAGAGCAGUUCAAUGGGAAAGGCUCCUAUGGGAACGGUGGCGCCAUGAGGGUAGCAAGCAUUUCACUGAUUUACCCUGACGUUCAGGAUGUGAAGAAGUUUGCAAAGCUCAGUGCUGAGCUGACCCAUGCCAACUCGCUGGGCUACAACGGAGCCAUCCUGCAGGCUCUGGCAGUGCACCUCGCCCUGCAGGGAGAGCUCAAUGGGGAGACCUUCCUGGAGCAGCUGAUCGGCCACAUGGAAGAUGUGGAGGCAGAUGAUAAAUCUUUGGCUGAUGCCCGAGCGAUGGGGUUACAGGAAUUGCCGUUUUCAAGGCGUCUUAAGAAGAUAAAGGAAUUUUUGGAGCUUAGCACCGUUCCAAAGUCCGACGUAUUGUUUGAGUUAGGCAAUGGCAUUGCUGCUCUGCAGUCUGUCCCCACUGCGAUUUACUCCUUCUUGCGCUCCAUGAAAUCGGACCCAGAUAUUCCUGAUCACUACAACAAUCUACAGAGGGUCAUCAUCUACUGUAUUUCGCUGGGAGGAGACACAGAUACCAUAGCUACCAUGGCGGGAGCCAUUGCAGGAGCUUAUUAUGGGGAGGAGCAGGUACCCCCAUGCUGGGAGCAGAGCUGCGAAGCUUUCCAAGAGACACAGGUGCUGGCAGAUAGCUUGCAUGAACUCUACUGCCAACGACUUUGAGCCACAGAAGUGGCGUCUUGUGCCAAGUUAAAGCAAGUGGCAACCUCUACUUCACGGAUCAGAUCCACAGCGAAAGGAUCAUCUGUAACCUGGCCACCCCAUGGUGGCACUGGCUGUCAGGUGUCACAUGGUAGAAGUGAGAGUUGGACCUUGUUUUUCUGUUAACAUUUAGCUGGAAACUGAUUGCACAGGGAGCUUCGGGUGGCGAACUUUGUUAUGCCACCAAAGCCCAGAGGCAAGAUCUGUUUUUUUUAAAUGAGAUUUCUGCUCAUUGAGGUCUCUCCUCCUGUCAGUGGCUCAUUCUGUGUCUCAACUUGUCCGAGCUUCAAGUGGAGUCUAAAUUCAGGAACCAGCUUCUUGUCAUCUGCUUCCAGAUUGCACAGCCUUCCAUUCGCAUGUUCUCCAUCUAACCUUCAGGAAGAACCUGGGUUGCUCCAUAUCCAUCUUGCAAUUCUUUUGUCAUCUGGAUUGUCUGCAUUUACACCUAUACCUGACUCCCUAAACUUUCCAUUGCCUCAUGCAGCAGACUGUGACCUUACAGAAUGCUCUGAUGACUCUCUCCUCCCAGUGCCGAAUCGGUGGUGUGCUUGUACCUUCUGCUCAUGUGGUGCAUGUGGCAAGGUCACUAGUAAACCAGAGAGAAGAGAAUGUAAUAAAGCCUAGUGGUACCUAAGGCCCAAAUCUUGGUCCCCGUAACAUCAGUGACAAAAAUCUGAUUGACUGGUGGGAACUGGAUACAACACUGAUUGCUUUCAACCUGUGCACCUGGUUGGGACGGUGUAAAAGUGGACAGAAGAAUGGUUUCAGUCGAGAAUUCACUUCUGUUAAGGAAGGGCUCCUCCAUUAGGAGACUGGACAAAUGAUAGAACCUCUGUUAGAAAACAGUGUUCUGCCUUGGGCUGUUUAAAAACGUGCCCAGUCAAGUAGGACGGAGAGGAAAUGAGAUGAGUCUGUAUGCAAGCUGAUUUGUAUAAAUAAUGCUUGUUUUGAAAUGUCUGCAGUAAAUACAGAAAACAAAUAAAUGUUAUCCGGUUUGCAGGCA